AUGAAAGUCAUGCCAUGGCAAACCUCUUGCCACCAUGACAUUUCGAAAUGCUCCACCAUACCAUCUUCCGUUCGAUAUGCUGAAGAAGAAUCCACCAGUGACUCCAAAACAGAGACAAUAAAGAACCGUUUUGCAAUAGCCAAUCAAGAGUUUCAACCUGGUGAGAUUGUCCUUCGCAACGCUCCCUUGGCGUGUUCUUUGUUCUCAUCGUUGGUAAGUGACAGACAACAAUCGCAAUCACAGCGCUGUGCCUAUUGUUUUGUACCUGGAUCAGAACAAAAGCUCUCUAGAUGUGGAAGAUGUCAAUCCGUAUGGUAUUAUUGUUCACGAGACUGUCAAAAGAAGGAUUUCCCACUGCACAAAAAGGAAUGUAUCUAUUGGACGACCAAAAAUAAAGACAAAGCCAAGCAACUGAAUGGUCGAAUAAGAGCCGAAAUCUCACUUUUGAUUCGAACCUAUGCCAAGAUUGAAGUCAUGCAAGCCAAUAAACAGCAGGGAGAAUCAUCAGAAAAUACUGCUGUGAGUAGUCAGAGUACCAAGAAUACCACCAUUAUUCAAUCUGGAAUCCAGCAUUUGGCUUCCUUGUCACAAUAUCCAAAUGCACUGGACUCAAAUGAGCAAUCCAUUAUUACCGAAGCCACCACUGCCAUUCUUAUUUGGUCCAAACAUCAAGAAGGAGCCGAAAAGAAAAAGAAAAAGGAACCACCAAACAACGACAAAACCACAACAACUGUUGGCAUAAUUGACAAGAAGGACCACCAAAACAUAAGACAACAAAUGGAGGAUCUUUUGCGAAUAUUUCGAGUCAAUAAUUUUGGAAUUACAGACGAAUUACUAAAGGUUAUUGCCAGUGCGGUCUACCCAUUGGGUGCCUUGCUCAAUCACUCGUGUCGGCCCAAUUGCAUUUUGCGAUAUUCCUACAACAACAAGAAGGCUCCUCCCGUUUUGGAAAUUGUGGCCAGCCGCUGUAUCCAAAAGGGAGAAGAAUUGACUCAUUCCUAUGUCGAAUUGGUCAAACCACAAAGGGUCCGAAAGGAACGAUUGCAAUCCAACUAUGGAUUUGAAUGCCAUUGCCAUCGCUGCUGCAGUCACAAUCACAACAACAACACCUCCAAUGACUGGAUGCAACUUCAAGAUUCCAAUCAAGUGGGAACCUUUUUGGAUCAUUCUAAUCCCACCUUUGCAGCCUCCCAAACAUGGACGCCUCCGGCGCUUCCAAGAGGUACCAACCACGAUGAUGCGCAUGGCCCACUGCGAGAAAUGGCAAUCCAACUCCAGGCCCAAGCCAAACAGUGCAUGGCCAUGGACAAUAUAGAAGGAGAAUUAAUGUCAUUGACCCAAUGUGUUGGAGUCUUGUCGCAACUCUUGCGAGCCCAACUUGGUGAUGGUAGUAAUCAAGGUCACGACGACGAUACUUUGCACCAGACGUGUUUGGAGCUCUAUCAAGUUCGUGGGGACUUGCUAGGAACUCUGAUUGUGGCUGGUCAAACGAAGGAGGCGAUUCAACAAUGCGAAUAUGUUGUGGCCUUUUUGGUGUCUAUUCUUUGUGACAAGGAAACCGCGAAUUGUCCAAAUCACCCAAUUCUUGGGCUGCAACUUUUUACCUUGGGGGACUUGUAUACUUCUGUUGGUUGGGACGACAAGGCUCAACGAACCUUUGCCUGGGCCAGAAAGAUCAUGUUGGUUAGCCAUGGGAAGGACUCGGAUAUGGUCAAACUCUUGAAGGAUCGAUAG